GUCAAAAAUCGUUAUCGUUGUUUUUUUUUUCUGAAUGUGCAUUUAAAUGAAACCGAGGUUUUAAUGUAAUUAUUUAAUUAAAACUGGACUUAUUUACUUCGGAAUUCGGUACUAAACACUAAACUAUGAUGGAAAUAAUCGAAUUAUUGAAUACAGUAGAUAUUUGUCGUUUCUGCCUAUGUGUAAGUGUACAAAGAAUGGUCCCGCUAUCAGAUGAAAUUUUACAAUCAAUAUCAUCAUGCUUUUCGUUGCAGAUAAAUAUUGAUAUUUCUCUGCCACAGCAAGUGUGUGAUAAUUGCAACAGUAAAAUAACACUUAUAAGUGAGUUCAGAAAAUCUGUUCUAGAAAAUGAACAAAUGCUUUAUAAAAAACUAACAGAAGGCCAAGAUGAGUUAAACAAGUUCUAUUUGACUUAUCAACAAGUGAAAACUGAAGAUAAUGAAAAGAUAAUAAUAAAAAGUGAAACCGUCAACAGUAUAGAAGAUGACGGUUACUUUCCUGAAGUUGAUGUAAAAGAAUUAAUAGUUAAUGAUCACAUAAAUUCUGAAAAUGACCAAAAAGAAGCACAUACGAAUGAACCCAUCAGUAAUUCUUUUGAAACUGAUAUCAUAGUUGAUAUAAAAGAAGAAAAGGAUCCAGAAUAUCCUGAAGAACAAGUCGAUACUCACAAUUCCAUCAACAAUACAAAUAAUACUGUACCCCAACUCCAAUGUCUUACCUGUUUUGAGAAGUUUCAAUCCCAGUGUAACUUAUUAGGCCAUUAUAACACAGUACACUUGAAUAAGCCAAAAGAAAAUUCACCAACGGCUACAUUUGAAAUUGAAACAAAAUCAGAUAGUACAGUUUACAAAUGCAAUGUUUGUAGCAAAGAAUAUGACACUCAAGCGAAGAUAAGAAGACAUGUUUCUAGCCAUUCUAAAGCUAGGUCUUUCCUUUGUAAGCUGUGUGGCAGAACGUACAAAACAGCAUCAGAGAUUGUCAGACAUGGCCGCGCUCAUAACGGCACGGCACUCUUCUGCCGAAAGAAUUGUGGCUUCAGCACCGCCUACCCUGGAGCCUUGAAGGAACAUGAGAGAAGGCAUGUAGGGGACUUUAAGUACAAAUGCGAAAAAUGUGGUAAACGCUUCCAAGUGAAGACUUGGUAUCUGCAGCACCAAAACGUGCACCUUGGUCACAAGCCGUAUGUCUGUCAUUUAUGCGGUCUUGCCUUUCAUAUGCAGCGGACCCUCUCCGUCCAUUGUACCGCAAUGCAUCCGCAGUCGUCAAGCGUGAAACGUUACGUGUGCGUCCACUGCUUCUUACCGUGCGAUUCGCGGAAAUCUCUGACGGAACAUAUGAAGGUGCAUGGGUUGACGGCUGAAAAGAAAUUCCUGUGCGACCUGUGCGGCAAGGUCCUGGCCAACGGCGACCAACUGCGGCUCCACAAACGCGGGCAUUACGGCGUCAAACCGUACACUUGCGGCACGUGCAACAAGUCUUUCGCGAAGAAGUUCAACCUUCAGGUGCAUCAGAAUUCGCAUUCCAGCGACAAAGCCCAUGAGUGCGGGAGCUGCGGCCGCCAAUUCAGCCAGCGGAGCGCCCUGAAACGGCAUUGUGCCAGAUAUAAUCACUUGGAGCCCGACACGUCUAGCAGUGGCACCAGCAGCGACACAGCACUCCCCGCGGAAUAACUAGAGCCUUUGGAGAUAAUGCGCCUGACAAGACGCGAAUAAGAAAAUAAAAAUAUGUUUUUUUCUCUAUCCAGGAUGUCUGGAGAUCGCUCUAUAGCAAUAAGACCGCCUAAAUUGUAUCGUAACUUUUGUAUAUUGCUUUCUUUUUUUAUUUGCUAUCUUGUGUGGUGUCUAUCUAUCUAUCUCUUUUGAAACCUAGGACACGGCACAAAUGUAGCAGCAUCUUUUUACUAUUUACCGAAAUACUUUUGUGACAACUGCUAUUACCUAGUUUAGGUUAGAUUAGGUUAGGUUAUGU